GACCCCCUCGCUCGCUCGCGCCUUCGUUUCCCCGUCGUGAGCCGCGACGCUUCUGAAAUCCUCUUUCCUCCAUCAGAAGCUCGCUCACUCCCGCGACGCUACUCACGAACCCACAAACGCGACGAAGUAUCGCCAGGGAGUCGAUUUUUCUCAGGACGACGGCCGAGGAUCGACAUUCGGGAGCUAGAAUUUUGCGCAGAGCUCAGACUGAUUUUUUCGACCGAUUAUCGAUUUCGUUGGACUUGUGAACGAGCGCGAGGGAGGGAGGAGAGAGGAGAAACAUGGCAGCGGUGGAGGAAGAGGAGACGUACGAGGAGUACGUCCCCGUGAGGAAGAGGAGGAUGAUGGAGGCGCAGAAGAUUUUGCAGCGCAAAGGGAGAGGCGUGGUUUCGGCGACCACGGACCCGAACGAGAAUGGGAAGACCGAAGCGAAACCUAGUCUGCUCGUUAAAGCUUCUCAGCUGAAGAAGGAUGCUCCGGAAGUUAGUGCCACGGAGCAGAUGGUUCGGCAGGAAUUGGAAAUGCUCGAGAGGGUUUCUGAGAGGAAGAAUUUGAUGUCCGUCCGCGAGCUCGCCAAGGGCAUCUCGUACACGGAGCCCAUGAAAACUAGUUGGAAGCCUCCUUCGCAUAUUAGAAAUUUGACCGAGAAAGAGAGUGAUGAGAUUCGUAAGCAGUGGCACAUUCUCGUGGAGGGAGACGAAAUUCCUGCGCCUAUUAAGAAUUUUAAAGAUAUGAGAUUUCCGGACCCUAUUUUGAAGAAAUUGAAGGCCAAAGGUAUCACUCGCCCCACUCCCAUUCAGGUGCAGGGGCUCCCAGUUAUUUUGUCCGGCAGAGAUAUGAUAGGUAUCGCCUUCACAGGUUCUGGAAAAACGCUGGUUUUUGUCCUCCCGUUGAUUAUGCUGGCCCUUCAGGAAGAAUCCCGGAUGGGACUCGGUCCGGGACAGGGCCCUUUGGGUCUCGUUGUGUGUCCGUCCCGCGAGUUGGCUCGGCAGACAUUUGAUGUCGUGGAAGAGUUUACUGCCGUGCUCAGAGAAAAGGGGCACCCAGAGUUACGGUCCAUGUUGUGCAUUGGAGGAAUCGACAUGAGGUCUCAGCUCGAGGUUGUCAAAAGAGGAGUCCACAUUGUAGUAGCCACUCCCGGGCGCCUGAAAGAUAUGCUCGCUAAGAAAAAAAUGACUCUGGAUUUGUGCAAGUACCUGACUCUUGACGAGGCCGAUCGGCUCAUAGAUUUAGGGUUCGAAGAGGACAUUCGGGAAGUUUUUGAUCACUUCAAGGCACAAAGGCAAACUCUUCUGUUUUCGGCAACUAUGCCCAAGAAGAUUCAAAACUUCGCCAAGAGUGCGCUGGUGAAGCCUGUAAUAGUGAAUGUUGGUAGGGCAGGUGCAGCGAAUCUCGACGUUAUACAAGAGGUCGAAUACGUGAAGGCCGAGGCGAAGAUUGUAUAUUUGUUGGAGUGUCUUCAGAAAACUCCACCCCCAGUUCUUAUUUUUUGCGAGAACAAGGCGGACGUGGAUGAUAUUCAUGAGUACUUGCUACUCAAGGGAGUCGAGGCAGUCGCAAUCCACGGAGGGAAAGAUCAGGAAGAGCGAGAAUUUGCUAUUGCAUCGUUCAAGGCGGGAAAGAAGGACGUGCUGGUGGCUACCGAUGUCGCCUCGAAGGGUCUGGAUUUUCCUGACAUACAGCAUGUCAUAAACUACGACAUGCCUGCCGAGAUUGAAAACUAUGUCCACAGAAUAGGACGUACUGGACGUUGUGGGAAGACAGGUAUAGCUACAUCUUUCAUCAACAAGAACCAAAGUGAGACCAUUCUACUGGAUCUGAAGCAUCUAUUGAAGGAAGCCAAACAAAGGAUACCGCCUGUUUUGGCUACCCUCGAUGAUCCCAUGGAGGAGGCAGAAGAGCUUGCAAAAGCCAGCGGUGUAUCUGGUUGUGCAUAUUGUGGAGGUCUUGGACAUCGUAUUAGUGAGUGUCCCAAGUUGGAACACCAAAAGAGUCAGGCAAUUGCUGGUACAAGACGGGACUACUUUGGCUCUGGAGGUUAUGGAGGCGAGAUUUAAGACAUGCCUUUUCGUAAUGUUCCGAUGAUUCAUUUCCAUCUUUGCUUCUCGAGUCUUGGAAGGACUCGUUGGUCGGCAAGUGAUGCCGAUCCUUUCUUCGUCGGUUAAUUGGGCUACAGUUGACUGUAGGUAUGGAAAGCAGCAUAUUUUUGCCUGUCAAAGCUCUAGAAGCAGCCAUCGUCGGUUGUGUCGAAGUUUAAGGUAGAGACAUGGUUCACAAAGUAGCUCGUAUUGUUCUCGGAGGAUCGAUGAGCGGCACUCUGCAGUUAAGUUGGCGUUUAUCAAACCGGCCUCUCAUUAGGACUAGUAGAUACGAUCUGUGUCCUGGGUGGAGGACGAUAUAUCGAGUAAGGAGAUUUUUGUGAGACUUUUCUACACAGGACACUUCGUAGGACAGACGCCUCCGUGAAAUCUAUCGUGCUGCAUGUCCCUCCACCUUGAAAGUUUCAUGAUUCUGGUGACUUGGAUGAGGAUGUUAAGUCAGCACUUGACAGUUUCAGACUUUGGCUCCAGACUUGUGAUUUGCAUAGAAUCUAGACCUCUGGUGACAGUGUAUUUUUGUAGUCAGAUAUCAAAACCUGAAGAAACGUUCUUCAACCUUUAGUGUACAUCACCUAGAUUGCAUAACAAGUCCGCACCGGUCUAAUUAUUUACCUGACUGUACUAUCAAGCCUUGUAGAACAGAGUCAAUAAGGUGAGUCUUCUGCGAUGGUACACGAUGGACUGGAAGUGGCAAAUAUAUCACUGUUGAUCUUCCUGCAAAAGCAAUAUAGUCCAUCCGUGCAGUUGGUUCCCACUACUAGCAAAGUUUGCGAUUUGUACAAUUUUCUUUAUAUACGAGAACGGUGGUCGCCUUUUGGGAUCCAGAAAAUCCAGAGUACUCUGUUUGUGGUGUAAAGAAUACGGAUACUACAAUACUGCGUUGACGAUCUCGGGGUCAGAGGCCUUGUUCGUCGCCAGAGUUGUCAGGAAUUGUUGAUCAUAGGGAGGGAUUGAUAUUCAUACGAUUCAAGGAAGAGGACAUGGCCCAUGAGCAGUUCCUUACCGCUCGAAGUGUGAGGAAAGAAUCCUUUGUCGACAUUUUAGACUCGAUGAACCCUUUGUGUGGUUUGUGGAAUGGGAGGGAAAGAUUGAUCAACAUACGAAGUCUCAAAACCUGCGCCAGUCUUAAUU